AUGGCUUCCACAUCAGCUUCACCACACCAGUAUCCUCUGGUCAAGCUGCCCCAUCCUUUCUUGACAUCAUAUCGAGUCAACGUAGUCUCUUCCAACGCACCGGCCAGGCGAGUGUUGCAUCUAGAAGAGCAGCCAUCCAACGGAAAAGCACCAGCUGAGGCAUUGCACUCUGAUUCGCUCACAUGGCUUGACCUACACACAACUCCCAAGGAGUCGCAUCCUCCACUCAAUGAUAACAGCGAUUGGGCUCGCGCCGUUCGCGGACCGCAGACGACGUUCAAAUGGCCUGAGAGCACCGCACCAACACUCGCUCAAGUAUGGAAUGUUGUUCACGCCAUCUACCUCGCCUACCCCAACACCGAGCACUUCCGCUUGACACUGCAAGGCGCAGAGAAGCAGACCCUACACGACGAACUGCUGGCCACCGGUCUCGCUAUCGAAUAUCCCAAGCCAUGGCAUCUACCUAACGACUCGAUCCCUCGCACCAAUGAGCUCCUCAUUCUCCGCAGUGCCUUCUGGCAAGGUGCAGCAUCACCAACCGGCCCCCGUCCCAUCUGGGUCCUCGGCGACGGCAUCGACAAGAACCUCCGAACCACUCUCUCCAGCUACCCCCUGAUGCCCGAAAACCACCACUUCACCAUGAAGUUCCCCAACGAACGCAUCUACGCCCGUCACCCCAUCCGCCGCCCCAAGCCUGCUCCCCAAAGCAUCUGCUACUCACGCUACAUACCCGAAGUCAACCAGCACUUCUCCCUCGAAGUCGUGGAUUGGACAAAUGCCGAACACCUCAAUCUCUUCCACACAUGGCAAAAUGAUCCUCGUGUCGCAAAAGGAUGGAAUGAGACGGGAGAUCUUGAACAUCAUCGCAACUACCUCAGAAACUUGCACUAUGAUCCUCAUGUCUUGUGCUUGUUUGGCCGCUUCGACGACACAAGAUUUAGCUACUACGAACUCUACUGGGCCAAAGAAGAUCACUACGGCGCCCACUUUGACGCUGGAAACUACGACCGCGGCCGUCACAGUCUCGUCGGCGAUUCUUCCUUCCGUGGCGCCAAGCGUGUGAACGCAUGGUAUAGCAGUUGCAUACAUUACUGCUUCCUGGACGACCCUCGUACUGCAAAUGUUGUUGGCGAGCCCAAAGCUUCUGGUGCGAUCAUCCUUUCUUAUGAACAGAGUCAGGGGUUGGCGAUUGGCAAAUUUGUGGACUUGGGUCAUAAGAGAAGUGUGCACAGUGUUGCAAGUAGGGAGAAGUGGUUCCAGCUGUGCCCGGUGUUUUGGGAUGGGAGGGAGAGACCUUUGGAGAGUGCUGAUCGUGCUGCUUGGGCUGCUAAGCUGUAG